AUCUAAAUCUGAAACCCAAAUGACGCCAACAAGCAAACACGCGGAAAAAAAAGGGCCAGCAGACUGGGGAAUCAGCGUCUCUAAAUGGUUCUCCAAAUGGUUACUAGUGAUGGGAUUAGUUUUUGCGUGUACGGCGACUCCGGGUAAGAUAUUUUAGCACAGAACAGAAAAUGGUGCAGGAUGUGUUAGCUUGGCCUCGCUUGGUCUGAGUCAGUGUGCUUUGCCAGUGUUUGUUUAACGCAGACUGUGAAAAUACCAGAUAUUUAGACUGGAUUUCCGGUAUUGCUCGGCAGCCAAUAGCUUUUCUCCAAUAGUAUCACCUACACGCGCGUUUAAAGAUGGUUCAAAAUGACUGAUAUUGAUAUAUGGUAAUUUGCAACAGUGAUCACAUGACACUAUUACCUCAAGAAUCGAUCAAGAUGAAUUGCGCGUCAGCUUACGUUUCCGAUUUUUUCCCCCCUUUACGGAUCCCGGAGUAAUAGAUGGACAAAGUUUAGCGCACAGCCCUGCCUGUUCCCUCUCAGAAACACAAAAGAAGACAUGACGGAGUUUGACGAUCGCAAUAACUGUUCUUCAAAUAUGUAUCUGCCGAGCUGCACCUACUACGUGUCUCCGCCGGAUUUUUCCACCAUGUCAUCUUUUUUACCACAGACUACUUCUUGUCAAAUUAACUUUCCUUAUUCCACCAACAUCACGCAGAUGCAGCCUUUCCGCGAAGUUGCGUUUAGGGACUACGGACUUGAACACCCAAGUAAAUGGCACUACCGAGGUAAUUAUGCUUCAUACUACUCGUCUGACGACGUUAUGCACAGAGAUUUAAUGCAGUCGACAAGCAGAACGGAAAUGAUCUUCAAAAACGAUCCCGUCUAUAAUCACCACGGAAGCGUCAACACAUCUUGCAAUUUUUCCUCCAACGUUGGUAGAAAUGGUGUUCUUCCUCAGUGUUUCGAUCCCUUUUUCGAGGCUGCAAGCAACCAGCCGGAGAAGUCAAAUGCUGAACACUCGAGAGAAAAAGCCGCUGGCGAUUUUCACGGGGACGCAGUCUGUGUGAAAGAAUCCACGGAGGAAGACAAACAAAGCACCGUGGAGAACGCUGACGAAGAGUCCUUUUCAUCGAACUGUGCGGAGGAGAAGGGCAGCGGAGCAACUUCUUCAAGGUCAAGAAAAAAGAGAUGCCCCUACACGAAAUACCAGAUCAGAGAACUUGAACGGGAAUUUUUCUUCAAUGUUUACAUUAACAAGGAAAAAAGAGUGCAACUGUCCAGAAUGCUAAAUCUCACCGACCGGCAAGUGAAAAUCUGGUUUCAGAAUAGAAGAAUGAAAGAAAAGAAAAUGAACAGAGAUCGACUGCAAUAUUUCACAGGGAAUCCUUUAUUCUAACGAGUGAGGGGAGACGGAGGCACACGUUUCACCCAAAAAAAGGAUAAAUCGGAUGGAUUCAAUUACAGUUCUUUACUCCUGCGGUGUCAGUUUCUGAGUGACUAUAAGUGAAACUCACUAUUUGAAGAAAAACAAAAAUCACCAUCUAUGCAACAAAGUAGCUUGUGACAUUAUUUGUUCAACCCUAUUACCUCAAAACAUAAAAUAAAAUAAAAUAAACGAAAAUUCAAAGGAAAAUUCUUCAGAAUUACUCAGAAGAAAGCUCACUUGUUCUUUAAACCUGCUAUAUCGGAACUCUUUUGAACUUAUAGAAUGUUAUCAUUUGAAAUAAAUUAGUAUUUUUUUGGUUCUCAAUGUGUAUUUUACAUCCAGAACACUGAUAUGUCAGUUCAGCUAUAUUUAUUUACAUUUACUUACGCUGUCUUAUUUCACAGACAAAAAAGAUGUCUCAUAAUGUAUUCUUUUAACUCUGUCUAUUAAAUUUUAUAUCAUGGAAGCAUGUGAACUUAUGCAGUAUAUUAAAAUAACAUUUAAAUAGGCA